CACUGGAGGGAGCCCGACAAACCAAGAUGGCGACCUACGGCAAAGCAGGAAAGAGGUUUUACUUGGACUAAAACUCAUUCCGAGAGCAGUUUUUGUCGAACUUUCAUCGUGGAUAGGCUUCGUUUGGAUUUCACAAGAGGGGACUGAGUUGAUACUGGGUCUAAAUGGCUGCGAGGAGGUCUGGAUCAGAUGCGCAUAACAAUGGACCCACCUGCUACCUUGAUGAUGUUCCUUUCAAGUUAAACGACAAAUUCCGAUGUCCAGCUAAAGUGGGGUUACCCGUUGGUUUCUGUAUGCCAGAUUAUAAAGCUGUACUUGCAGACACAAAGUAUGACUUUACACUGGAGAGGCGUAGCAUUCGCUGGGGGAUGGAUCUUGCUGAUGCCAGAGCAGCAGCUGUCAGAGCAGAGGAAGCAGCAGCCAAGCAGGAGGCUGAGAGCAGGGAGUCGGUGUCUGGGGACAUUGAUGGAGGUGGAGGGAACAACCUUCGCUCUGCGGCAGAGGACCAGGACCUUCCACCACCAGCGCUGAACCCUGUCCUGGCAGGGCUGAGUCACAACGCCAUCCUCACUCCACUGCCUGCCCCCAGACUUGGCCCCAGGAUAUCCCAGGACAACACUCCACAGCCACAAAACCUCAAUCUAGCCGACUUUGAGCGGGAGGAAGACCCCUUUGACAAGCUAGAACUGAAAACCCUGGAUGAUAAGGAAGAGUUGAGAAACAUUCUACAGAGCCAACCUCCACCUUCUGUAUCUCCACCUCAGCAGGGUUCAGUAUCUCGUGGAAACAGCCCGUCUCCACCCGGCACCAACACCAGCAUCUCAUCCAAACCAGGCUUUGCUCACAAACCAAACGGUUUGGUUGCACUGCUUGAUAUAGACAAAGUCGGACAUCCCGGAAGAGCGGGCUUAGAAACAGACGAUCGGCCUUGUAACAUCCGCUCUCUGACUUUCCCCAAACUCUCUGAUUCUGGCGAACCAGAGUCAAUAAAAAGAAGCCCUGCAUCUGAACCUAUUCCUUCUCCCCGACGGAACCUACCUAGGUUCCAUCCGCCAUCGUUACCAAAAACACAAGUUAUUAUUGCCCCUGAGCCUCCCAGCCACAUCAAGGGUGGAACACCGAAACCGACCAACCCUGGAACAGGAUCUACUGGUCUGCCAUGUGGUGGAGCUCUUCUCAGCAUGACGCCCAGUGAACGUCAGUGUGUGGAGACUCUGGUGGGAAUGGGUUACUCUUAUGAGGAAAUUCUACGGGCCAUGCAGAGACAAGGCCAGAAUGUGGAGCAGGUAUUGGACUAUCUGGAUGUUCAUGGCCGUCUCUGUGAGAGGGGCUUUGAUGCCAGUGCUGUGGAAGAGUGUUUAGAGAUGUACCACUGCUCAGAGGAAAAGGCCUUGCAGUAUCUUGAGCUCAUGUCCAGAUUUGGUGAAAUGGGGUUUGAGAGAGACGCCAUCAAAGAGGUUCUGUUGGUACACAACAACGAUCAGGACAAGGCUCUGGAGGAUCUGAUGGCGCGCGCCGCCGCAAGCUGAGCCAAGGCAGAGGGCAAGCAAGCGCUUUACCCUGGUCAUUUGUCACCGCUCCCAUCCUCGAGUCCUUUUCCCUCUGCCUACUUUAUCUCACUACUCCCUACCCUUUUGCCUUGGAUGUGGGAAGGACACCUGGGAGGCGAUUCCUGUCUGUGCUAAAACAUACCAUGCUGCAGCACUUCUGAAAACUGUGUGCCUAGAUUGGAUUGAGUUUACCUGUACCAAUACUAAAUGCUGAUUUCAGGUACCGCUGUGUUAUUGGAGUUUUUGAUGACUGAGCUGUCAUUUCGAUGCUACUCUUUGCUUCCUCCUGCUGCAAAAGCAAAUGGGGAGGAGUUAGUGGCAGGCUCUGUGCACAUCAUGGGGAGACUUGAGGGAACUUCAAGAAAACUCUUAAAUAACAAAGCUGCCAUCUUCCACUGCUUGUUGCAGGCGUCGCACAUGGUGAUGGGUGUGAAAAGGUCGAGAGAAGGCCCAGUUUGGAAUUAAACCAGCUCAACGGAAAAAAAAAAAGGCACAAUUAUCGUACAGAGCUGACUCUCAAGAAGUGCCCUCUGAGCUGUUGUGCCCUGGACCUAUAUCUGUUCUUUAUGCUUUCUUACAUUCAUGUCUUACUUGUUUCUGUUCAGUUUGGCCAUCAAUUCUUGUCAGUUUAAAGGUUGCAUUUAUAUAAUUUCUGUUAUAGGAAUUUGAUUAUAGACCAUUAGUCAUAAAAACUCUGUUUGUGAAAGAGUGCCCUGCUGCGCUCCUCAGCCUUCACUGGGAAAAAAAACCUUGAUACAGUGGGAAAUGUGGAAUCUUUUGCUCUAAAACAAGUACAGUAUAUCCAUUGCCCCAGUGUCACUCAUACAACAGGUUUCACCAUUCUAAUAUUUAAAAUGCUACACUGACACUUUGAGUUAAGAUUUAUGAAGAGUUUGGUGUGAUUAUGUAAGAUAUGUCAACGUACAAAUGUGACGUUUACAGACUGGAAAACAUGGAGGCAAAAAGAUGUGAGGGUCCUUUUUUUUUUGCAGCCAAAUCAUAGUGCAAUAGAGACAUUUCAUUUGUUAUGACUGUUGACUUGCACUUUGAGCCUCCAAAAAUGUUGAAAGAAUGGUCUGUAAAGCCUUACUGGAUAUGCGGUUGAAAGAAAAGUUUCUAUUUUA